AAUUCAUUUACGUUUCUGCAAACAACCACUUCCAAACAUGGCCUUAAGCUGUCAUCAUGGCAUUAUCCAUUACACUUGCAACAACAAAGUUAAAUCUCGCAACUUCUUUCCGAAUUCAGGAUUUGCUUGCAUCAAGAAACCGCUGAUUUAUCCCCUUCACAUUUCUGCUGCAACGGCUUCUGGCAAUGUGAAAGAAGUUCUUCCACCUGUUCUUGAUUCCUCUUCGGACCCACCAGCAAUCUUUGAUGGAACCCCAAAGCUUUAUAUUUCUUACACAUGCCCCUAUGCUCAACGUACCUGGAUUACCAGGAACUGUAAGGGACUGCAAGAAACUAUCAAAUUGGUGCCUAUUGAUCUCAAGAAUAGGCCUAGUUGGUAUAAGGAAAAAGUAUAUCCUGAAAACAAGGUUCCAUCACUAGAACACAACAAUGAGGUUAAGGGGGAAAGUCUUGACUUGAUUCGUUAUAUUGAUCAAAACUUCCCAGGGCCUUCGCUUUUUCCUGAUGAUCCAUCCAAGGGGGAGUUCGGAGAGGAGUUGCUCUCAUUCACGGGCUCCUUCCAUAAAGCUGUGACUACUUCAUUGAAAGAAAACAGAAUCGAUGAAGCUGGUGCUGCUUUUGAUGAUAUUGAGAGUGCUCUCUCCAAAUUCGAUGAUGGGCCAUUUUUUCUUGGCCAGCUCAGUUUGGUGGAUAUUGCCUAUGUUCCUUUCGUUGAAAGAUAUCAACCCUUCUUCUCCGAAGUAAAGAAGUAUGAUAUCAGAGUAGGCAGGCCAAAACUUGCACUGUGGAUUGAGGAGAUGAACAAGAUAGAAGCGUACAAACAAACCCAAAGAGACGCCAAAGAGCAUGUCGAGAGCUACAAGAAUCGUUUCUUGAAGUCUCCCGUCUCUUCGUGAAGUUUUUGGGUGCUGCCUAAACUCGAAAGCUGUAUUGAUUGAGCUCCUAAUGUUACAUGAUCUCUCAUAGGUGGUGUUAUUAGAGUUCAUUCCUUUUAGUGGAUGUGAAGAAGAAUAUUUGCAUUUCUCAUUUAAAAAGAUGGAUGCAAACAA